AUGCCUAUACCCGAAAAUCCUUUAAAUUUAAAAAGUCAUCUGUACAUAGAGUCAAGUUCUUUCGAGGUCGAAAACACUGCGAUUUCGGACUACCGGCGCAUGCGGCUCUGCAACAUCAACUUACGCAAGACAAAACUGAUCGAGGCCUUAAGUACGAAGAACAUCGCUAGCUGCGUUUCUACACAACCUAGUAUACUGAAGAAACGAGAACUGAAGAUUAAAAAACAGUUCCACUGUCUGUAUUAUCGUAGAAAGUGCUUCAAAACGAUGAACUGGAUUGUAUCUAUUGGAAAACGUGAAAUUCAAUCCUCGGGGAGGCUCAUGGAGAAAAGGAACGACAGCUAUUGA